GGGGCCCCUGUGUCCUUGCCCAAACUCAAAAAAGCCUAUGAAAAAGGUACCAGGGGCAUCUCAUGGGGCCCCCUACUGACCCUGGGCCCUCCAAAUGAGGAUCAUGGGGCCCCCGUGUCCUUGCCCAAACUCAAAAAAGCCUAUGAAAAAGGUACCAGGGGCAUCUCAUGGGGCCCCCUACUGACCCCGGGCCCUCGGGCAUCGCCCUAGUUUCCAAAUGGUCAGUCUGAACUGGAUACUAACAUUUAUAGGUAAAGUUGAUCCAGGGAAUAUC